UUCUGUCUCUAUAAAAAUCCCACAUAAAUUUGUUCUACUCUCUCUCUGUCUCUCUGUCUCUCUGUCUCUCGCCCGUUACCAAGACCAAAUCUUCUGCAACAAGCACUCCUUAACAACCUCUCCAACUCUGUUUCCCUUCUUGCUUCAAGGAAUUUAUCUUCUCCAAUGAAAAUGGAAGUUAGAGGAGGCUGAGAUUUGCUAACUUUUAUGGCUGUCACUGACAUUCAGGCAAUGUUUGCAGGAAGAGACUAUUUUAGAGGUUUAGAAGGUAUCCUGUAUAAAACAACUGAAAGGAACUACUUUAAGAGCAGAACAUCUAGAAUGGAAUAUGUAUCAGACUGGACAAAUCAAAGAAAAUCCUCAGCAUUUACUUCUCAAGUGAUUUGUGGUGCAACAUUUUUCAUGCCCUGGUCUCUGAAAAUUCCUAUAGGUGAUGGUUUCCAUGAGUUUCUUUAAUCAAUUGUCUUUUUUUCUUUCUAAAUCAUCUUCCUAGGGAGAGGUAAUAGACAAAAAACAAGAAUCGUCUGCUUCUCUCUAGAUUAGUUGAAAAUGCUUGGGAUUGUGAGUGGAAAGAAAAGAUUCACAGAAGCAAACAUGAAUUUUUCCACUUUGAUCACGCAAGAUUUCAAGAGUAACCCUCGAUUAGCUUCUCAGAUCCCCUAUGAUAUUGACAGCCCCAUUCUACCUGGGCUGCCAGAUGAUGUGGCAAAGUAUUGCCUUGCACUAGUUCCUCGCUCCCACUUCCCAACCAUGGGUUCUGUAUGCAAGAAAUGGAGGUCUUUUCUUAAAAGCAAAGAACUCAUAACCAUACGAAAAUUAGCUGGUUUGCUAGAGGAACGGCUCUAUGUCUUAACUAUGGACUCUGAAGCAAAGGAAAGCCACUGGGAGGUUUUUGAUUGUUUAGGACACAAACAUCAACUUCUACCACCAAUGCCUGGUCCAGUUAAGGCUGAGUUUGGGGUAGUGGUUCUAAAUGGAAAGCUUCUUGUCAUGGCUGGCUACUCAGUGAUUGAUGGUACUGGCUCUGCCUCUGCAGAUGUUUAUGAAUAUGAUUCGUGCCUCAACAGUUGGAGGAAAUUGGCAAGCAUGAAUGUGGCUCGCUAUGAGUUUGCUUGCGCAGAGGUUAAUGGCAAAGUUUAUGUCGUUGGAGGCAAUGGGAUGGAUGGUGAUAGUCUCUCUAGUGUCGAGAUGUACAAUCCUGACACUGACAAAUGGACCUUGAUUGAAAGUCUUCGCCGGCCCAGGUGGGGUUGCUUUGCCUGUAGCUUUGAGGGGAAACUUUAUGUCAUGGGAGGAAGGUCAAGCUUCACUAUUGGCAAUUCAAAAGUUGUUGACGUGUACAAUCCUGAAGGACACACUUGGUGUGAAAUAAAGAAUGGCUGUGUCAUGGUUACUGCUCAUGCUGUGCUGGGAAAGAAGCUCUUCUGUAUGGAGUGGAAGAACCAGAGGAAACUAGCUAUAUUCAGUCCAGAAGACAACUCAUGGAAAAUGGUACCAGUUCCUUUGACUGGGAGCUCAAGUAUUGGGUUUCGGUUUGGGAUACUUGAUGGAAAACUGUUGUUGUUCUCUCAAGUGAUGGAGCCAGGUUACCGUACUCUAUUGUAUGAUCCUGAUGCAUCCCCAGGCUCUGAGUGGCAGACUUCCGAGAUAAAGCCGUCUGGAUGGUGUUUGUGCAGUGUGACCAUCAAGGCAUGAACAAAUGCAUUGAUUGAGAGCUUUUCAUUUGAUAUUUUCAAUUUCCAAUCUAGUUGUUUUGGAUCUCUUGGCACAUUCAUUCUUGCCCCAAAAACAAUUCAUGCAUGGCAUGUGGUGGAAUUAUUAAAACUGGAUUGUGUUUUCAAUUCUUCUUAAUUUCAUGGAGUAUAUUUGUGUUUGGUUCA